CGCCCAGGGGCCCCGGCCGGGGCCGGGACUACAGCGCCCGGCGUGCCCGGCGGCGGCGCGCCGCGACAUGGCGCCGCCCGCGUCAUCUGACGGCGCAAGAUGGCGGCGGUGCGCGAGGCGGAGUUCGCCGCGCUGCAGGGGCUGCUGAAGGCGCCGUCGCGGGACGCCGUGCGGCAGCUGUGCCAGGAGUGCUUCUCCAGCCCCCCCGCCGGCCUCGGAUCGCUCGCCCGGCGCGCCUGCCCCGGCCUCGCCGCCGCCCCCGAGGAGGCCGCGCAGCUGGUAUCUGCAUUGCACAACCUCACCAGGCACGUGGUGUACCAGGGCUUGACAAAGCCGGAAGAUAUUCUCGCUCUUUUUCCAGAAAACUUCCACCAAAACCUGAAAAACCUUUUAACCAAGAUUAUUUUGGAGAACAUCUCUGCCUGGAGGAAUGAGGCACAAGCAAGUCAGAUCUCCCUGCCUCGCCUGGUUGACAUGGACUGGAGGCUGGACAUCAAGACCUCUUCAGACAGCAUCAGCAGAAUGGCAGUCCCUACUUGCCUGCUACAGUUGAAGAUUCAGGAAGAUGCUGCCUUAUGUGGAAAUAAUCCUGUUUCUGCACUGACUGUGGAACUGAGUAAAGAAACCCUGGACACUAUGUUAGAAGGGCUGGGAAGGAUCAGGGACCAGCUUUGUGCUGUUGCAAACAAAUGAAUACCAGAGGGCAUGAAUUUCAGCUGUCAGGAAGGGAAGUAUUCUCUCCUCCACCUACAGCUCUGAUAAGUUGCAGCCUAGUGUACUAUGCUUUCUGUCUUAACCAAACAAAAUUAAAGAGAUUUCUUUAAGUUAAUGAAGAUAGCUUUUGAAAAGCUAACACUUAAACAUAUACUUGAUCUGGUGCCACAAACUGUUUUCCUAAUGUUGUUGAACAAAAACUCUUCUCCAUUUCAAAGGAGGAUUUAAGGCCUCAGAGCCUGGCUUAAUCGCAAGGGCCGUAAUAAGAAACAGCAAAUAGCUGCAGCCAACGAAGCGAGCACCAUCUCCCUGCCCUGAAAUUAGGAUCUAAAACGCUCAGCCUGGCUACUGGGCUGCCUUCCAGCAUUAGCAGACAAGGAGGGUGCUUCUUCCUGAAACACGCAUGUACUGAGGCGCGUGCUGGAUGUAGCAGUCUCUCCCUUCUAACGAAGCACAGCCAUGCUGCAGAUUGUUAUUACAGGAUAAUGCUUUGAAAUAGGGCAAUUAUGCUACAACAAAUUCCCUUCUGAUCAGCUUCAUAGCACUAUUUGCAAAAUGACUAGUCUGAACAUCUUUAGCAGCAAGUAAUUGAGUAAUUUCCUCCUUCUGUUUGAAAAGAAAAAAGGAGGUUAGAUCAUUCAUGUUUAGGCUUAUUGGACUUUAGGCGUUGCCCUCACUGCAGAAAAGACAGGCUGGGAAAAUAAAGAAUUGACGGCCAUUGUCUGUGCUGUAGGAAACCCUUCUAUGGCAAUUGGCACAUACACUUCCCUGAAAUAGUGUUGUUUAAGUCUUCAUUUAAUUAAAAAAAAUGAACUGCUAA